AUGGAAGGCUAAAAUCAACAUGUUCUGGUCUUAGGAGGAUCAUCAUUUAUGGGCUUAGAGUUGUUAAUCACUCUGUCUAAAAGACAAAACACUUUAGUUUACUUCAUUAACAGAGGCAAGAAGUAUUGGGAUGGACUAUCUCAUACUUUAACAGAAUAACACCCAGAUAGAAUAUUUCAUUAUGUUGGAGAUAGAGGCAAGAGACUUGAGUUCCAACAGGUGCUUGGUAAGAUGUUUGAGGACAUGAAAAUUAAGAGUGGUGGGGCCAGUGAGCAAUUUGACUUGGUUGUUGAUUUCAGUGCUUAUCUCAAGAGUGACUUAAAGGUGUAUUCUACCUAUGAGAGCAGUUAGGCGCAUAUCGACAUUGGGGCUGAUGAAAUGAGAAGACUUUCUCAUUCUGUUGAAAAAGGCGGGCUCACUGAAGAUAUGGGGUACUUAGAUCAGUCCAAACUAACUGAAAAGCAAUUGAAGUAACUCAAAAAGCAAGACUCGUAUGGUUUCAAGAAGCUUCUAGCUGAAAAUUACAUAUUUGAGCAGUCGUAGAAGCUUUAAUUCAAAGUACUCUCUUUCAGACUUCCAGAUGUGAUUGGCCCUUUUGAUGAAAGUCAUAGAUUCUGGUAGCAAAUACUAUGGUGCUAGAAUUCAGAAAAGUAUCCACUACAGAUAGAUAACAAUGCUAAAAAUAUUAAGAUUAGUUUCGUACUGAGCAUCGAUGUCGUGACCAUUAUUACAUACAUAUUGGAUUAAAAAAUCACUCCAACUGGUAUAUACAACAUAGGUUGUUAAGAGUAGCUGACGCUAGUUGAAUUCUAUAAGCUGAUGUGCGAAUUAUUGGGAUGUGGAGAAGCUAAAAUGAUUGAAAUUACUGAUAAGAUAAGCAAAACAAUAUUCCCUAGCGUAAGUCUAGGUCCUAUUUGCAUAGAUUAAGCUAAAAAUAUGCUUAAGUUCUCACCAACUCCAUUGAGAGAUGCUUUAAAGAUCAGUAUUGAUUUCUUUACAAGUCUCAAGGAGGGAUAAUUUGAGCAAGAACGUUAGGAUGUCCUCAAAGGAUUUCAAGAUAUAGUCAAGAUUUAUGAAAAAUAAAACGAAGAUUCUCAAUCCUCAUCAUAGUUAUCAUCAAGUUCUACUUCAUCAUUAGACUCUUCAAAUUCUGAUGAUGAUGAGUCAUCAAUUAAUGAUCAAUCAAAGGAAAUAUAGAAUGAAAAACCACUAUCUCACGAGAUCUCUUAAUGA